AAGAAAUAGGCAAGAACGGGAACCAAACAUAGGUAUAGUUCGUGGGUUGGAGUUCGGUUAGACUACAGAAAAACAAUGGGUUUGCGUUUGCUGCAUGCCCAAUUACUUGUGUUAAUUCUACUUAUUUUGGUUUCAAGAUCAGUUUCUACACAAGCAAAUUCACAAAGAGCAAAGCAAAACUGUAUGGAUCGUUGUGGAAAUGUAAGAAUUCCCUUCCCUUUCGGCACGAGGGAAGGCUGUUACUUUAACGAAUCAUUCUUAGUCACUUGUAUUAACACCAACUCUGCUUUUCCGAAACUAUUCUGGAGAAACUUUACAUUCCAAAUCACAAGCAUAUCCCUGAAGGGCCAAUUGCGUGUUUUGCAAUCCAUAUCAAAAUACUGUUAUUCUAGGACUGGCACCCAACCUGAACCGAAGUCGAUAAAUUUACCUUUUGGAUUCACGGUCAAUGAUACUGCCAAUAAGUUCAUUGUCGUUGGUUGUGAUAGUUACGCUCUUGUAUCUGGGAGCCGUCGGGAGAAGCAGGAUUACAUUACAGGGUGUAUUUCCCUGUGUAAAAAGGAGGAUCUGGCCGAGCUCUCAUGUUCUGGUUUAGGCUUUUGCAAGAUUUCUAUCCCGACACAGGCGUGGAGCGUUGAGGUGAAAACGGGUAGCUUUGAAAAUUUCACAGAAAUGUCAGACUUCAAUAAUUGCAGCUAUGGCUUUCUAGCUGAGGAAAGUGCAUUCACCUUCAACGCAAGUAGUCUUUCCACUCUGAGGAAUGUGGAAAAGCUUCCAAUGGUGGUUGACUGGGCAGUUGGAGAAGAAACUUGUAAGGAGGCUGGAAAUAAUAUUUCUAGUUAUGCAUGUAAAAGUGAGAAUUCCAAUUGUUAUAAACCCAAUAAUGGUUAUGGGUAUCGCUGUUAUUGCCAGGAAGGUUAUGACGGAAAUCCAUACCUCAAGAACGGCUGUAAAGACAUUGAUGAAUGUAAUAAUCAAACUCUCAAUAUCUGUGAAAAGGAUUGUAAGAACACAGCAGGGGGUUUUAAGUGUCUUUGCCCGAAAGGCUACCAUGGAGAUGGUAAAAAAGACGGACGAGGUUGCAUUCGUGGUCAAUCACUUGUCCUCAAAGUUGCUACAGGGAUUUCUAUAGGAAUCACUCUUACAGUGGUUGCUAUCUGGUGGUUAUGCUUCGUACACCAGGAAAAAAAGUUGGUCAAGAUGAAGCACACAUUCUUUCUUCAAAAUGGUGGGCUAUUGUUGCAAGAAAAACUCGCCCGAGGAGAACAGUCGCCCGAUGGAGCAAAAAUAUUCACUUCCACUGAGCUCAAGAAGGCAACAAAUGACUUCCAUGAUAAUAGAAUUGUUGGUCAAGGAGGCUUCGGCACUGUAUACAAAGGCUUCUUAUCGGAUAAUACAAUAGUUGCCGUAAAAAAGUCCAAACAAGUUGAUCCAAACCAAGUAGAGCAAUUUAUCAAUGAAGUGAUUGUUCUUUCCCGGAUCAAUCACAGGAAUGUAGUCAAGUUUCUUGGUUGUUGUUUGGAAACUCAAGCUCCUCUCUUAGUUUACGAAUUCAUCAACAAUGGCACCCUCUUUGAACACAUACACAACAAAGCAAAGGCAAGCUCUUUUUCUUGGGAUAUGCGGUUAAGAGUCGCUGCAGAGGCUGCAGGAGUGCUUGCGUAUCUGCACUCAGCGGCUUCUCCUCCAAUCAUACAAAGAGAUGUUAAAUCAGCAAAUAUUCUUUUAGACACUAAUUUCACAGCCAAAGUUUCAGAUUUUGGAGCUUCAAAAUUAUUUCCUAUUGAUCAAACUCAAUUAUCUACUGUGGUGCAAGGAACUUUUGGAUAUUUAGAUCCUGAAUACAUGCAAACAAACCAGUUGACUGGGAAAAGUGAUGUUUACAGCUUUGGAGUAGUCCUGGUUGAGUUACUAACAGGAAAGAAGGCAUUAAGUUAUGAUAGAUCAGAGGAGGAGAGAAAUUUAGCCAACUAUUUUCUCUCAACACUGAAGCAAAACAACCUACUCCAAGUUCUUGAUGAUAGUAUUGUAUGCGAAGGAAACAGUGAGAAGUUAACAUCAGUUGCUAUGCUUGCGAAAAGGUGUUUACAUGUUAAAGGGGAGGAUAGACCAAGUAUGAAGGAAGUAGCUAUGGAACUUGAAGGUCUGAGAUUAGCAGGAAAACACUCGUGGAACCAAACAGAACCCAUUGAAGAAGAGUCGGAAUCCCUGCUUUCUGGGAAAAUGAAUGCCUUUGCAAUUGCAACCGGUGAGGGUAGUAGCACAUCUAUUGGAUAUGAUAGCACGAUGGAUCAUAUUAGUGGGAGAUAAUACGUAGCAUUUGGAGUGAGGUUAUAUGGUGCCGGCGUGAUUGGCAUUGUUGUUGUCGAGUUAAUUAAUGGUUUUAUCUUGUGUUAGUUAUUAUUUAAAUAUGAUUUCAGUAGAAAAAUAUAAAUAAUAUAAUAAAAUAAAAGAUUCAAGGACUUUGGGGGAUUCAGGCUGGACCAUGUUCCCCGUCUAUGCAUUGCUAUUCAGGAGCAAAUUCCCUGUCUCAUACGGCCCGAAGGAAUAUGGGAUGAAUCGGGCGUGUGAUUUCUUUGUAUAAUUAGUUUCCUUGUUUAAUAAAGGUUUCUUGUAUAUAUUUGUAAAUAUCUAUAUAUAUGAAGGGAAACAAGAGGAAGAAUCAUCAAA